CUCAUGGUAAAUUGAAUCACGAUAAAACAUGGCAGACGAUCAAAGUUCCUUAAAUGAAGGCAAGAAGAGCAGAUUCAGAAAAGAAAAACCCUGGGAUCAUGAAGGUAUAGAUCAUUGGAAGAUUGAAAAAUUUACAGAGGAGGACAAUAAGCAUUUACUUCUUGAAGAAAGUUCUUUUGCGACUUUGUUCCCAAAGUACAGAGAAAAAUAUUUACGUGAAGUAUGGCCACUUGUGGAGGCUAAAUUAAAGGAAUCGGGCAUAAAAUGUCAGUUAGAUGUUAUCGAGGGAAGCAUGAGUGUCUACACGACACGAAAAACCUGGGAUCCAUUUAUAAUCAUAAAAGCUCGCGACAUGAUAAAGUUAAUGGCGAGGAGUGUUCCUUAUGAACAGGCUAUCAGAGUUUUACAUGACGACGUGUCAUGUGACAUUAUCAAGAUUGGAUCUCUCGUUCGUAAUAAAGAAAGAUUUGUGAAACGUCGACAAAGACUCAUUGGACCUAAUGGUGCGACAUUGAAGGCUUUAGAGCUUCUUACUGAAUGUUACAUUAUGGUACAAGGUAACACGGUUGCUGUCCUGGGUUCAUACAAAGGAUUAAAAUCGGCUCGAAAAGUUAUUGAAGAUACGAUGAGAAAUGUUCAUCCAAUCUACAACAUAAAGACGUUAAUGAUUAAAAGGGAGUUAGCGAAAGAUCCAGCUUUAAGGAAUGAAUCUUGGGAUAGAUUUCUACCCAAGUUCAAGAAAAACACGAUGCAACAUCGAAAGAAACCAAAGAAAAUGAAGAAAGUUUACACGCCGUUUCCACCACCGCAGACAGAAAGCAAGAUUGACAAACAGCUUGCCAACGGGGAAUAUUUUCUGAAAGAAAAAGAAAAAAGAGUUAAAUCGAGCGAAGAAAAGAAGCAAAAACAAACAGCAGCCGAAAGUCUUCGUAAAGAACGUCGAGACAAGAUGUUUCAACCACCGGAAAUGAAGAAAAUGGGCGACAAAGCCAAAACAGUUUUCAACAACGACGUUGAUGUCGAAGCUGUAAUAAAGAAAAUUCGAAACUCUCAGAAACGAAAGGCCUCUUAAUGAAAAAGAAACGAAGAAGAAGAAAGAAAGGAGAAAGAGAAAGACUGUUAACAUUUUUCAGGAAAAUUCGACCGCAGAACUCAGUCCUUCAUUCCUUUGACAAUGGGUUAAUGUCGAAAUUACACAUCGUACUGAAGCACCAUUACUUACGUAGCAGAUUGGCUACCAUUGUUUUCACACAAGUUCAGAUUGGGUACAAUUUUUUUAAUUGUUUUAACAAAAAUUAAGCCAAUCUGCGAUGCGUUUGAGCACAUUAUAAAUAUGCUGUUAAUAUGUUCAAAACCAGUUUCGUCACUUUUUUUAGUGUUUUCCGCAUAGUUUUUGCUCAAAAGCCUCCGCUUAUCGUUUUUAGAAACUGUAGAAAACAUUGCUAUUAUCUGAUUAUUUUAAAACCGGCUUUAAAUUAUGCUCGACUUUGGCUAGACCUUUUCUCUUAAGCUCGAUACAUUUGGCACUAAGAACUUUGUUGGCUUUGUAAAUGUUACAUCACUUUUGACGUCAGUGGCACGUGUUAAAAUAAGUGUCUAUUCAAAACAAUCUGAAACUAAUGCAUGUUGCAUUUGCUGUACGCAUAAGUGUAAGAAAUAAGAAAUCAUCAACCACACGUGUGAUUUUUAAAGGUACUGCUGGCGAUUCAUUAACCAGGCAUAGAAGAUCUGAAUUUUCAACAAAAGACUCUGAUAGCGAUGCAUCGUCAUUAAGUUGUGCACGGAUAUGCAAAGGUGCUUGGUGAUACACAAAGUGCCAUUUAUCAAAUUUAAAUGGAAUACAUCAUCAUGUUGCACAUAAAUUGUUAUGGUGACGGCAGGGGCGGAUUUACAUAUAGGCAAAAUAAACUACUUCACCGCAUCGAUUGGCUGAUUUUUAUUCUUUAGAGUUUUAUUACUAAAGUCCUUGGGAUUAAAGUGUUUUAAAUUUAAAAUUAGCGGUGAUGAUUUAUUUAUUCGCUACUGGGUGACGUUGUCCACUUGUACACAUGGAAAGGGUAUUACUAUUCCUUGAAAACCACAUCUAUGAAAAUCAAAUCAUUUCGAUAAAUAUGUACAAUGAACACUUUGUUUAUGCUGUAUUUAUAAAGAAAAUAUUCAAUUUCCUGACUUUAAAAA